UGUCAUUGGGUCUGUCCCAGCGCAGACCCAGCCCGAGGCUGCCAUGUUCUCCUUCCCUUCCCUCUCCUCCUGGCUCCCCAGCCUCCCUUCCUUUGACUGGGGUUCCAGCCUCUUCGACAGCCUCCUGCAAGGCCUGAUCGCGGCCCUUGGAGUCUCGGUUCUCAACAGUCUCCUGAAAGUUUACUUCUUCGUGGCCUGUGUCAAUGACCCCCAGCGGCAGACCCAUAAGCAGCGGCUGCGAGCCCAAUGGGCCUCACUGGAGACAGUGCACCUGGCUGGUCUGACCCUGUUCCUGACGGUGGUAGGGGCCCGAGUAGCCGCCCUGGUGGUACUGGAGUUCUCCCUCCGGGCCGUGUCCACAGUGUUGUCCCUGGGCAAGGGCUCGGGGGAGAAGGAGCGACUCCAGCUCUUCCUGGUCUGUCAGUUCUCACUGGGCUGCGGGCUGACCUGCGGCCUGAGCUUCCUACAGGAAGGCGCCCCACAUCGCACCCUGAACCUGCUGCUGAGCCUGGGGCUGGCCGCGCUGUUUGGCCUGGGUGCCCGGCGCUUCCGCCGACAUGUCUGCAGCCUCUAUGAGUUGCACAGCGGUCAGCGUUACUGUGGGGUCUGCCUGGGUCUGCUGGCUGGCCAGCAUGGCCUGCCCAGGCUCCUGGGCCGCACGCUGGCAGUGGCCUUUGCUGUGAGUGACCUGGCAGCAGUGGCCCUCAUCAACCAGGACUUCCUGAGCACAUCAGAGGCCAUGCGCUUCUGGACGCCACUCACCAUCUGCUACACGCUGCUGGUCAUCUACAUGCAGGAGGAGCAGCGGCAGCAUCGCUUCAGCCUGCAGGGCCAGGUCCAGACGGUGCUGGUGCGCAUGGGUGGCCUCUUCAUUUUGUUGAUGACUGUGGGCCGGUGGCUGGACCUCCUUGGUGUCCUUGUUUCGCUUUUGGGUGAGCUCUGGUGCCUUGCAGGUGUUCGCACCCUAAUCGACCUCUGCCAGAUACAGGGCUUUCCAUCCCAGAGGCCUACAGUAACAGCAGCAGUAACACCAGGAAGGGUAUCAACAGUGUCAGAUCCAUGCGAGCCCCGGCCUUCCACACCUGCCCUGUCCAGAAGCGAGGCCCCCUCCUGACCUGCCCUAUGGAGGACUCAAAGUCAGUCUCAGGCCUACACAGGCUGACCAGCAAGGCCUUGACCACAAGAUGUGGCCUGGAGACUGGGUGGCAGAGCUGGUCCCCACCUAGACCAGCUCUGGGCAGGCCAUGGGGGCCCCUGGAGAAAGGGGGCAGCUAGAGCUGGGGACCUGGGGAGGUGGGGACGUGAAGGCCCCUGAGUAAAUCCCUCUGUCUUGAAGAUGGGCCAUGGAUACAGCUCCCUCAGACCCGCCUUUCCUGGCCAGGCAGGAGGACAGACAACGACUGUGACCUCAGAAUGGCCCCCUGCCUGUUGCCACCCCUCCCCCACCUUGCUCUUUCCACAAACAAUAAAGUUGACUUUUCUCAA